UGUUCCUAAUUGACAAUAAAUGAAUCUCUCAGAAACUUUCAAGUAGAAAUUAGUUCAGUCUUGUUUGUCUUCUUGAAUUGACAAGUGUUUUUGUAUAUUUGUUUGUUCUUGUUUUGUUGCGAACAAUGUCGCCGAUUAAUAAUAAAUCUGAUAUGCAGAAAAACCAAUCAAGUGUAGAAAUUGAGAAGAGGAGACGCUAUAAAAAGAAAAUAUUAAAUCUGGCUGCAUCAAAAAUGAAGAAUAGCAAAGAAAUGUUGGCGAGCACCGAAAUGCGCCAAAAUAUCCAUUUCGCAUUGUACAAAGAAGCUCUGGAGCAAUUAUAUGGCAAGGAAAUAGUUGAGAGGAAAAAUAAAGAGUUGGAUGAUAAAGAGAAGAAAGAAAAAGAAGAAAACAAAGUCAAAGAAAGGAAACUCACUGAAAAAAUUGCAGUCUCUAGUGCUUUGGUCAAAGCGAAGUUAUAUAAGCUACUUCUGAAUAAAAUAGUUAGUGGAGAUCUGAAUAAAGAAUAUGCUAAUCGAGAAAUAAAGAAGCUUUCUCUCCGGAAUAAACCGAUAAUAAAAUAUAGGCACCUGAAAUUCAUUCCUACUGUACCAAAGAGAGCAAUAGACACUGAAAGUGGUUCAGAUAUGAACAUAUGAAAAUAAAAUUACUUCUACUUAAAAAAAUUACAAUCUAUUAUGAAAAUAAAAAAAUUUCAAUUCUUCAAAUCGAGUACCUCUACUUUUAGAAGGAAUCAAUGAAUGACAUUGAAACAUCUGGAAUUUACUCUCAUUAUACCAACAGAAGCCUGAUUCA